UCCCCGCUGAGCGAUUCAGUGUACUCAAAAUGUUUGUUCUAAUCGGUUUGUUGAUCGGUGCCCUCACUCUCGCAGCAUGGUGGGUGUACCAGAACUACACAUAUUGGAAGCGUCGUGGGAUCCCACAUGAUCCACCAAACAUUCCGCUCGGAAACACCAGCGAACUCAUGCGAACGAUGCAGCUCUCUCAUAUUCUCAAGAGAAUUUACUUCAAGUACAAAAACCAGACAGAUGGACCUUUCGUGGGAUUCUAUGUUUAUGCCAAGAAAUUCGUCGUGGUCACCGAUAUUGAUUUCGUGAAAACAGUGCUGAUCCGUGACUUUGACAAGUUCCACGAUCGUGGGAUAUUCCACAACGAAAAGGAUGAUCCGCUGACCAGUAAUCUGACCACAGUCGAGGGUCAGAAGUGGAAGACUCUGCGCCAAAAGCUCACACCCACCUUUACCUCCGGCAAAAUGAAGAUUAUGUUCCCAACAGUCCUCAAUGUUGGUGAUGAACUGAUUCGGGUUUUCGAUGAGAAGAUCUCCAGCCCUCCACAGACCUUGGAAAUCACCAAUCUCCUUUCCCGAUUCACAGCUGAUGUGAUUGGCAUCUGUGCCUUUGGCCUGCAGUGCAACAGCUUGAGGGAUCCCAAGGCGGAGUUUGUUCGGAUGGGAAACUCGGCCAUCAGCGAACGUCGUCAUGGCAGACUGGUGGACCUACUGCUCUUCGGGGCACCUAAGCUGUCCGCCAAACUUGGCUUUAAGAGUUUGCUGCCAGAGGUUGAGGAUUUCUACAUGAAUAUUGUCAAGGACACUAUCGAGUAUAGGGUUAAGAACAAUGUAACACGGAACGAUUUCAUGGACAUGCUGAUUGAAAUGAAGUUAAAGUACGACAAGGGCGAUAAGCAGGAUGGCCUCACCUUCAAUGAGAUCGCUGCUCAGGCUUUCAUAUUCUUUCUGGCUGGCUUUGAAACCAGCUCUACAACCAUGGGAUUUGCCCUCUAUGAAUUGGCCAGCCAUCAGGAUAUACAGGAUAAACUGAGAAGAGAAGUUGACACUGUGCUGGCGAAGCACAAUGGUAAGCUGUACUAUGACAGCAUGCGGGAGAUGACGUAUCUGGAGAAGGUUAUUGAUGAAACCCUAAGGAUGCAUCCCGUUGUCGCUCAUUUGGUUCGCAUUGCAACUAAGCCCUAUGUCUACAGCAAUCCAAAAUACUACAUUGAACCCGACACUGGAGUAUUGGUGCCCACCCUGGGCAUACACCAUGAUCCCGAGUUCUAUCCGGAACCGGAAAAGUUCAUACCAGAGCGAUUUGAUGAGGAGCAGGUGCAACAGAGACCCGCCUGCACUUUCUUACCGUUUGGAGAUGGCCCUCGAAACUGCAUUGGUCUUCGGUUCGGAAGGAUGCAGGUCAUCGUUGGAAUGGCUUUACUAAUCCACAACUUUAAGUUCGAGUUGUAUCCGACUAAGACCUCGGUUCCGAUCAAGUACAAAGUCGGAAAUAUAUUGCUGAGCGCCGAAGGCGGAAUACAUUUGAAUGUCAGCAAGAUAGUGAAACAGUAAUAGUGAAGAUUCAACUAACUAAACUUCGUACCAAAAAUAUAUUGAAUGGCAUCAAUUUUUCCAUUA